AUGGACGUCUACAAGCGGCUCGUGCUGUCGGACUCUGUGUUGGCGCUUCUCCUGGCUUUUCUGCGGGUGAUUCCUUUCGGUGAAUCAGCCGCGAACCCAUCUCCUUUAGUGGGAUCCAACUGGGGAAACCCAAGGAGAUACAUCCACCUGCAAACAUCCACGGACCUUAACAACUUCUACUUAGAAAUUCGGGAGGACGGAUCUGUGCGUAAAAGCACAGUCAGAGGCGCAUACAGUGUGAUUUUACUUAAAAGUGAAACAAGAGAAAGAGUUGCCAUCCUCGGCAUCAAAAGCAGUCGCUAUCUUUGUUUGGACGCAGAGGGCACUCCUUUCAGCUCUCCCAUUUGUCUGCGGGACGACUGUCUCUUCAAUCACAGGCUCCUGGAAAACAAUCGAGAUGUGUACUACUCGAGCCGGACGGGCAUUUUGUUCAACCUGGAGGGGUCUAGACAGGUGUUUGCCGCCGGACAGAACCUGCCCCAGACCUCGCUGUUUUUGGCCAGAAAGAAUACUGUGCCGCUAGAGCGUCUGAUGCUGCACCGGGAGAAGAGAAACCAAUUGGUGGAUCCCUCAGACCCGCACAACGUUUACGUGGUGCGCACGGAGGAUGGGGCUGACUCGCGCGCAGUACCGGAGCUGGACGAUGGUGAGCUUGAGCUGGAGGGCGAGACGGAGGCCGGGGACGAUGGCCGUAACGUGUCUCGUGAGACACCGUUGAUUCCCAACGUUCACGACCCCUGGAACGUGCACGCGGUAAACCCGGGCAGUCCCAGGAGCGCGGGCAGCAUGGGCUGACUGACCAUUGCCUUAGAUAAGUUUUGACUCUUUGGGUAAGCAGCAGGACAAUAAUGAUAAAUUUUUUCCAACUUUACAUUCCGUCUGAGCAAAUUCAG